GACUGUGUUUGUUGGAAAAUGUUUUUGUUCACUACAGACAGUUUUCGUUCGCUAUAAAAUGUUUGUGUUGGCUGGACAAUUUUCUUCUGAGCGUGACAUAAACAAACCGAUGGUGGCGUUGAGAUAGUUGUGUAGAGGACGACAGUAACAUUUACCGCGGUCACUGAACAUGGAGGAGGAGAGCCAGCUGAGCCCCUUCGUGUACUGGGCUCAAACGGAGUCAAAUGUAACGUUAAGAAUUGAGCUGAGGAAUGUACAGUCUCCUAGUGUAGAUCUUCAGGAGCAGAAUUUAAUUUUCUCAGCAGUCGGUCAAGGUGCUCAGGGAGAAAAAAAGUAUGGAUUCAACCUCAAACUCUUAAAAUCAAUUGAUACAGAGAAGAGUAGAUUCAGAGUACUGGACCGUAAUGUCGAGUUUAGUCUAACCAAAGCUCAAGUUGAAUUUUGGCCACGACUCCUAGAAGACACUAAAAAACCUGCCUGGCUUAAGAUUGAUUUUGAUAAAUGGACACAUGAAGAGGAUUUAUCAGAUGAGGCACGAGACAUUACAGAUGACUACCCUGGAUUGUAUGAGAAGAUGCAAGCAGAGGCUCUGGGAUGGCCCACAAAGAGAGAGAGUAUGAAGAAAGUGUACCUGUUCCUGUACAACCUCUGGCAACUUGUUGGCUUCAUAUAUGUUACUUCUGUAAUGAUCACUCGCUACCUUAAGGAUGGAUCUGACUCUAUGGCAGGAACAUAUGAGGCAGUUGGAUGGAUGAUGCAUCUUUGCUUACUAACACAGUUCAUUGAGGUGCUUCAUCCACUGAUUGGAUACACAAAAGGAUCAGUUUUUGAGGCUGUAAUUCAGAUUGGUGGACGAGGCAUUAUUUUCUUUUGCUUGAUUGAAGGAGAGAAGAGGAUGCAAACAAAGCCUGUCAUCUUCUAUCUCUUCCUUGUGUGGUCACUCAUAGAGCUAGUGAGAUACCCAUACUACAUGCUGAGAGUUUAUGAUGUGGAACUGAGUUUUAUCACUUGGCUUCGGUACACUAUUUGGAUUCCACUCUACCCACUUGGCUUCAUUUGUGAAGGCGUUGUUAUUCUUAGGGACAUUCCAUACUUUGACGAGACAGGAAAGUUUUCUGUGGCUCUACCAAACAAAUUGAACUUUGCUUUCCACUUCCCGACUCUCCUCAGAUGUUAUCUACUGUGUUUCUUCUUCCCAGCAAUGUACAAGAUGAUGAAUCAUAUGUACCAAAUGCGGUUAAAGAAAUUAGGUCCUGUGAGUUGGAAGAAGAAGUUCGAGUAAAUUGGGAAGCCCAGUGCAAGUUUUUUUUCCUACUACUGAAGAAUGUUACGUAAGUUUCUACUGAGUUUUAGAGAAGGAAAGUUGACUAACCGAUAAUAAAUUCCUGUACAUCUGAAUGCAUAGCUUGAAUUUUUUUAAUAUUUCAUAAGGGAUUCUGUAACAUUUAGUGAGAACUUCAUAUCAGUGAGAGCAUUUUUCAUGUUAUGCAAGAUGUUAUUAAGUAUUAACUUAGAAUUUCUUUAAUUGUGAGUAUUCUUGGGUGUGUAUAGGAAUCUAUUGAGGAUGUUUGUCUAAGUUUAUUGAUAAUUAAUGGUUGGCAAGAGAAAGGCUUAGAGUAAUCUACUGUAAUUCCAAUGACCAAGAGCAGGUGAUACAGGAGAGAUUGUAAAUGGUUACUGAAUAGGAAAACUGGUGCCAUUUCAAGAGAACCUAGUCAUUUCACAAUAUGUAUUUCUUGUUUUUGUUUUUAAAUAUUUAUAGUGUAUUUAGAAAUUGAUUAUCACAUAAAUGUUUUUGUAUUAUUAUUGUAUAAUAACAGACUUGAUUGUUAAUAGAGCAUACCCACAUUUAGUCUUUACCUUGUCAUGUUUCUGGUCUAUUUAAAGAAGUUAGAUGAGUACAUACACAUAUCCUCACAUAUUUGCAAACUCCAUAUUCAUGAAAAAUUAUUAGUGACCCGCUCUCACUCCACCCAGUACAUGGACACAGGAAGGGAGAGUGCACAAUAUUUUGGGUACUAUACAUUGCCUCACAGAGUAUCUAGGACACCAUGAUUAAUAUUCAGCACCCCAGGUAAAAUUUGGUUCCAACUGUACACCCAGAUAUUUUGAGGUCAGUAGUAAUUACUUUUUACCAUACAAAAUUGCCUGGAUCUGUUCCUGGAAUACCAUAUUCUGCAUAUGGCUCAUUAUUUGAAUAAGUGUUCAUAGAAGUUAGCAAUUUAACCAAACUUUAUAUAUUUUCCAAAGUAAAAUAUGACCAUUAAAUGUAAAUCUUAAA